GCAGCAAUUCUCAGCUUUUCAUACCCUGCAUAUAUUCUUACUUCAAAAUUCAUGCAUGCUCAUUCCAUAACCUCAGGACUCAGGAAAAAAAAAGCAGUUUCCGAGAAAUAAACAAGAAAUAUUUGCUAAAGCUUGUCAAACAUCUUGGUAUUACAACUCAAAAUUUUAUUAUUUGCAACAUUUAUUAUUUGCAACAACUGUGUCAAAACUUACAUAAUCCUUUAAUCUGAAUUUUCAUACUGGCUUUGAUUUAGCUUUCAUAUGUGCAACUGUUUGUGGUAAUUCAAGAAGCAAGUGUUUCAAACAGCCAGGGAUUGUUCAUGGAGACUCAAAGGGUGGUGGUAAUCCAGGAUGCAUCAAGAGAAGUUUGCUUGAUUGCCAUAAAAUGGAUCCGGCAUGGCUUAUCCUUGAAGCCUGGGGAUAUGCUUACCCUCAUUUCAAUUCUUCACCAGGUUAAUAAUCCUAGUACGUUAUCUUUCGUGAGAGCUGGGAAAAUGUUGGGGUAUAGAAGCAGAGUGGAUAGUUCAAUAUUCGGACCAAACCGGAAAAUUGUUGAUGACGAGGUGGCAAGGAUAAAAGAAGAGUACCAAAACAAUGAGGAGCUUACUCAGAUUUCAAAGAUAUAUGAAACGCAGAAGAUUAAGUUCAACAUUGAAGUGGAUGCGGGACCUUCACCAAAGGUGGUCGCUCUAGAAGCAGCCAAGAAACUGAGGGCAACAUGGGUGAUAUUAGACAGGCAAAUGAAGAAAGAUAAGAGGUACUUCCUAGAGAAGCUCUCAUGUGGAAUAUCAAGGAUGAAGCGUGAUAACAACAUAGAAGAAUUAAGAAGACCAAAAGCAAUAGAAACCAACAGGUUUUCCAAGGAAAGAAGUCGUUCCAACCAAGUACCAUAUGAAGAAAUGUUACCAGGAUCACUGGAGGCUGAAGAUCUUUUCAGUAUAGAACUUUGCCCCACAACGUCGAUUUCAAGCCUGGGAAGCACGGAAUCUGCAAGUUCAACUGAUGGAAUCUGCAGUCUUCAUCACGACCUAAAGGAAAACAGAACAAAAACAAUGAAAGAAACAGUGAGAGUGGCAGAUCUAUAUCCCAGCGCUAAUAUAAAAGAGAUGAGUCCAAUUGAAGCUCAUGGAAUGAGUAAAGAUCCAAACCAAAUGCCAGGCAGAAGUAGAGAAGAUUUGAUGGGCUCAUUCCCAUUGCAAUUUGAAGACGAGUUGGAUAAUUCACUCUGCACAAUCUGUAAGAGUAGGCCCCCAAAGAUUGGAUGGGCAACAGAGUUCUCUUAUGCAGACCUCCAAGCUGCUACAAACGGAUUCUCUCAGGAAAACUUGAUUUGGAAAGGAGAAAAUGGGGCUGUCUUCAGAGGUCAACUAGAAAGUACUUUGACAGUUGCUGUUAAGCAACAAAAAGAUUUAAGUUUUCAAGAAGAGAAGAAAUUUAGGAAAGAAGUCCAAACACUUGGAAAAGCCAGACAUAAGAAUGUGGUCAUGCUGUUGGGUUCCUGUUCAGAAGAAAGCCACAGGUUGCUUGUCUAUGAGUAUGUGUGCAAUGGUUCACUGGACCAACAUCUAGCAAAGCAGAGGAGCAGACCUCUAACUUGGGAACAAAGAAUAAAAAUUGCACAGGGGACAUCCAAAGGCUUAAACCACCUGCAUGAGAACAACAUUAUCCACAGAGAUCUACAACCAAGAAAUAUUUUUCUGACUCAUGACCAUGAACCACUGCUUGGAGGUUUUGGAAGCUCAACAACCCAAAAUCACCCGGAGGAAUCCUUGGAUAACAGGAUCAUAGGGACUUUUGGCUAUCUAGCACCAGAAUACACAGAGAAUGGGAAAGCAUCAACGAAGACUGAUGUUUACUCAUUAGGUGUGGUCCUACUAGAACUGAUCAGUGGUCGGAGUACAACAGAUAUGAGACUUGAGGAGAAAAGCCUCCUGGGAUGGGCAAGACCACUUUUGAAAGAAAGACAGUACCACGACGUGAUCGACCCCAAAAUUGCAAAGUCCCAUGAUGACCAACCACUCAUUUGGAUGGUUCAAGUAGCAGAGAAAUGUCUUAGCAAGGAUCCCCAAAAACGAUUAUCCAUGGAUAAGGUGGUAUCCAUUCUAGAACAUAUUACAGAAGGGAAAACACCAGUGGGAAUAGAUUUAAGUGUUCGUGAAAUCUCAGAUACAGAGGGCAGCAUACCAAGUCAGAUGGACUGCAAAGUUUUGACAAGAAAGUUGAAAACAGAGAAUAUUUCAACAGCCUCUUCACCAGACAUAAGAAGAUCAAACACAUUCACAAGUGCUAAUGUCUUUUAUCUAGGCAAGAGAGUUACAUGA